CGAGCUAGCUAGCGCACGUUAGGCAAGCUAGGUGUGUGUGAUGUGGUUUACGUAUACGAUACACGCAAAUCCAAUUUGUGUGUGUAUUAAUUGUGCGGAGAUAUUGCAGCGAAUUUGAGACGACGAAUUGGGACAACUUACUUAUUUUGGCCAACUCUUUUAUUAAAUAAUCAUAGUGAUUUUCAAUUUGAAAUUUAACCAGACCAUUCGACAAAAUACUGAAAAUAGGAAAAAGUAACCAAAGUGACAGCUUUGUCGCCCAAGAAGUGUGAGAUCAUCGUUUAUUUUUGGGCUGACGAAACCGAAGCUUCUUCUCCUUCGAGAUGCUGGCUGCGCAGAAACCCCGCCGAACCCGGGAGUUCACCGGUCCGACUCCCCACUCUGUAGCGAUAAGAGCUAAGAUGCCAAGCAAACUUCCUCCAGACCACCUCAUCCUGGAGAGAAGAAAACGAGAUGACCAGCGGGAAGAAGCAGAAGCUGUCACAAAGUAUAAUGCACUGUGUGACCUAAAGAAUGACUGGGAGAAGAUCACAGACCGGAGAAUCCAGUCAAACACAGUCAAGAGACGGGUCCGAAGCUUGAUGCAACAAGAAGAAUUCACACUUGAAGACAGAAGACAGAGAUUACGAGAAUUGCUAGCAGAGGAAAAUGAUCAAUACCUGGUCGAGAUGGAAGCAAGUCAAGAAACACUUUUGGAGCGACAAGCAAAGAUGAGGGAACGGGCAAAAUUUCUGAAGGAGAAGAGGGAGAAAGAAAGACUACAGAUCGUUGCAGAAAAACUUGAUCAGAGAUGGAGGGAGGAAUGUGAGGAGCUUAGGGCUACCCUCACCCGGCGACAUAUGGAUGAAGUAUGCAUGGACCGUAGCCAUCAGCUGGAGACAAAGGCUCGCAUGGAUGCACAUGAGAAGGAGGUGGAGCGCAUGUAUGCGGACCUGUGGGAGAAGGACAGGCUAGCCAAGGAGGCCAAGGAGGAGAAGAUUGCGCAGGAUCAACACGCAAGAAACAUGGAGAUGUUGAGCGUCUUGCAGAAGCAGAUGGCUGCCAUCGAGGCCAAGCGCCAGGAAGAAAAACAGCUCAGGAUCGACGGUGGCAGACUUAGGAAAGAGGAGGCAGCACUGAGGAAACUGGAAGAGCAACGUGCUUUGGCUGAAAAGAGGGCCCUCCAACAGGAGAUGCGAGCUGGUCUGGAUCAGAAUGUCAAGCUCAAAGCCAAGCGAAUGGCCAAGGAAGUCCAGGAAGAAUUAGCUCUUGACAUGAAGAUCUUGGAGAAACUCCUUGAGGACUCUAGGAAUGAAGCCAUGGAGAUUGCACAGAGAAAGAAAGAACUGCGGGAGGAAGAUCAACGUUACCGCAGGUACCUCCAGGAGCAGAUGAGGCUUGAGCAAGAGAGGGAAGCAGAGAUUGACCGCAUGAUAUCAGCAGAGGUUGAGAGACAAUGGCAGAAGAGACUCACUCAAUGGGCCAAGGAACGCAAUGCACGUAAGAAGCUCAUGGAAGAGGUACUUGCAAUAAGGAGACAGCAGGUGGAGGAGAGAUUGGCAGCCAAUGCCAAUGCACAGGCAGAGCUAGCCAAGGAAAGAGAAGCCAUGCAGGCAGCUAUGGAAGAACACAAGAGACUUGAAGAUGAGAAACAAGCCUCAAUUCUACUCGCCAACAAGAAUUAUGAACAGGACCUCCUGGGCCAGAUGGACUAUACCCACAGACAGACAGAGAGGGCUAAAGAUGAAGAGUACAGGGAAUACCUCCAAGGAUUGGAGACAGAGGCCGAAUACCAGGCUAAGUUGAAGGAGGCCCUCGCUAGGCCGAUUAUUGACAAGGCCCACCCAGUCCGUAGGAUGCAUAUGUCGGCAGGCAAAUCUCCUCAGAUAGCAUAAAGUAAUUGAUGGUUUUUGCGAAUGAGUCAUUCCAUCAACAGAAUGUGUUCCUUUAGAUGAUAUUUGCCUUGAAAACAUUGUCAUUCCAAUUUUCUAAGUAAACAGACAUGUACCAAAUCUAUUUUAGAACAUGGAUUUUACAUUUUUGCCAUCAUGGGACUUAAACUAGAUCCUCAUAAAGCAUUGUAUGGUUGCAUGCUUAUAAUGUGUAAUGUGGUUUACAUGAGUUAGAUAGGAUCCUUGUCUCAGAACACAUAGAAUCUGUCGUGAAGAAUAAAUGAUUCUUGUCGUUAAAUUUCAUGCAUUUCAUUAUCAUUUUGAUAAUUCACUCAAAUUCAUCAUGGCCUUGCAUAAUGGUACAAAGCACUACUUGUUCACUCUAUAUAUGUAUUUUGUUGCCUCUAUUAAUCCUGACAUUAUCUUAUGGACUAUCAUUUAUUUAUUGUGUGUAAAAUAUUUUGUUCAUAUAUGUCAGUAAGACAUACAGGUCAGUAAGAAUGAUUAAUCUGAUGAAUUCCUAACAUACAUUUGAAAGACACUUUAAAAGAAUGAAAUCACACACAAAAAAAGGUUCAUGUGUUGAUAUACUGAAGGCUAAUCAAUUUUUUUUACAAAUUGUAUUAUGAUGGUAGCCCUAUAAAGCCAAAUCAAGUAUAACUAUGAUUUAGUUUUUCCGUCCAAGGAAAGUGUGUUGUACAACAUGUUAGCUACAUGUAGAUAUGUUUUAAUUUUAUUGUAAAAUUUUGGAUAACCAAUAUGCAUUGACCUUUAUUAGGAUGAUAUGAACUUUUAGCCAAUUAUUAUUCAUUUAAAUUAGAAGUCUCAUGAUGCCAAUGAUUGUUACUUAUUUGUAUUAACUCACUGGUACAUUUUGAUUACUUUGCAAAAAAGAAAAUUGGCAAAGACAGAUUUCUAUUCAACAAUAUUUUAAUGAAUCCUAAGUUGACUACUUCUGUGGCAUCCAUCCUACAGGAAUAGCACGUUUUGUUGGAUUUGAAUUCAUCAAAUAGGAAUUGGACAGUCAUCUCAUAAUCUGUAGAUAUGUAUAGGAUUGAAAUUGAAGAUUUUUCCAUGUGUCUCCAAUUCUUCAGAUAUUGCUCUUAUUUUUCUGUUAUUUACAGGGAGAAGGUAUAUUAUUGAAUCAAUGAGAAUUUUAUCUUUUGUUUGUGCAGGUUCUGUAGAAUACUAUAUCCGUCCGUAUGCAGAGUGUAUAUAAAGUGUUUUAUUAAAACAAAACCACCUUGUGUGAAUGGCAAGUUGUAUUCACUUGUCGGUAUUAUCAUGUAGUGUUUAUCUUGUCAACGUUGGGUUAACUUGAACCACACUGCUAUGAAGUACCUGUUGCUGUACCAUUUACAUGUACCAACUGUACUUAUUGUUUUUUUUUCUUGUGGUGAUAAGGUUAAUUUUUCAAUGUAAUGAGAAGGAAUGCUAGUAUGGAAUUAAAUUUAAUUAACUCCUGGAAAACAAAUAUCAAAUCCAGUAUUCCAUAAAAGUGAGAACUUGAUCAGUUUGAGGAUACCAUCAAACAGCAUGAAUCCAUGAAAAAGUAGUUCAAACCUCCAACUAGGUUUUAUGAUAUAUGUCUAAGUGAGAGCAAAUAGACAUAAAUUCUUGCGGGAACCUAAAGAAAAUAAGAGGUUGAAUCACAUUCAGUGUGUGUGCAAAAACCCAAGGUAGAGUUUUGUGAAUUCAAGCCGAUGUGUUUGUACAAUGUAUAUAAAUUAAAUAUAAAUAUACAAAUAUAUAUUCAAAGUAUUUGUAUCUGCUUUGGAUAAAAUGUUAUGUUACAGUUCCUAUGAAUCGGUGGUAACUGUUUCAAUAAAAAACACAUAGCUAAAUAUA